CUUAUUCUUAGUCCAAAACUAAGCAUUAAUUAUUUCUAUUUAAUCAUGAUAAAAAACAGGACUAUCUCAUUUAAAGUGUUUUAUAGCGUAACCAAUUCUAAAAGCUAAUGUUCUUUUAAUAACUCAAGACAAUCGUUUGGAGACAAUGUUAAAAGAAUACUUGCUUUUAUUUAUCACAUAGCAAUAGUUUGUCGAAGGCAAUUAAAAGAAAACCAAAGUUCAUUGCAAUACAACUAACAAGUUAAUCAAGUUAUAUUUAUCCAAUAUUGAUUACAUAUAAUUCAUUUUGUAUUCUUCCAUAGUUAUUAAGUACUUCUGGAUGCUUAAUAAUUUAGUCAGUUUAUAGUUUCUAAAAUGGACGUUCUACUAGAACUAACACAAGGCGAUAUUCUACAACUUCAUAAUUUUUAUGCAAAAUUCCAAGACAGUGCACCGCAAAUUUGGAAUUUUCUGCAUUCGGUGCUAAAAUGGGUUGAAACAAAUUCAAAUUUGAUUAAAAUUUACGCCUUAAAUGGACAAUGGUUUCCUGAUGGAACAUUUAUUGCAAUUCUAAAGUUUAAUUGCUAUGAAAUAUAUAUGCACACUAUGGAAAAAUCCUGCAAACGUCUUGUAUUUGCUCUAAAACAUACUAAAGUAAUCAAAUGGGACAUUGAUACUGUAAUUUACGCUCUUCAUAGUGAUUUACAGCCACACGUUAUUAAAACGUUAAGAGAAUUAGAAAUUCCUAUUUGUUUCGUACAAGAUAACUCAUUAUGGUUGAACUCUGCAGAUGAUGGUGUGCUAAAUAUUAAAUCAGAGUCUCUACGGCUAGGAGCUGAUUUUUAUCUUGGGCCUUUAAAUGAAAGUCAUGCGAAUGUUAUCAACGAAAUAUGGCCGUAUAGAUAUGAAGGAUCUGAGGAAUAUGUUCGCACAAUAAUCGAACAAAAUGGAGGUAUUGGCAUUUUCCGAUCAAAUACAGCAAAACAAGAUGAAUUAGUCGCAUGGGUAUUGAAAAAUGGCGUCGGAAUGCUUGGAUUAUUACAAACAAAAAAUGAAUACAAAAAAAUGGGUUUAGCUUCCUGGGCUGUGAAGGCAAUGUGUAAAAAAAUGUUAAGUGAAAAUUACAUACCAAUGUGCACUAUUGCUCUCAGUAAUGAAGCAUCACAAAAAACUUUCAUCAAGUCUGGAUUUAAAUUAUUUGCUAAAUGCUGUUAUAUCGGUAUUGGUACAGAAAGUAGUAUCGCUUUUGAUAGCGAAUAUGAUUGUGGUUUGACUCAACUAAAUUGUUAAUGUAAUUUUAUUUGUGAAUAUUAAAUUAAUAUCUUGUCUUACAAACAAUA